CGCCUACGGUAACUUCGGCAGUGAUGAGAGGCCUACGGUGAUCUACAGGGACUGGCAUCCACACUUCCACAACAGGAACCCGACACUACUUCAGCCGCCCACACCCAUCCUCAUCACACCCAGACCAUGUAUCCACACCCUCAGAUGGCCGUGGCUGGCAGCAUGGGUGUUGCCAACCCACAGUUCCGCCUCAGAACCUCUACAUCCCGCCCAUAUCCCAGCAUAACCACAUGGGCCCUGUUCAGACCUCUGCCUACAUGGUCCAUCCCGGCUGUGGCCCGCCGACAUCUGUCUACACCAGCGCUAGUCCGGGCAUGCACGUGACAGGACCACCUCAGGGUCCUCACAUGAUGGGCGCCAUGAUGGGCGGUGGCUAUUACCCCCGCCCGCCCAUGGCCAGGAACGGCGGGUCACCCAACUCAGGAGGGUCACCUUCCCCAGGGAGUGACGACUCUGACGACUCUACGCCCUUGGCACAGAUGGGGCGAGGCAAGAGACCAUCGUCAGAGAGUGUAGAGGGUCCAGCUAGAGGCAAGAAACCCAAAGUCUCAAAGAAAAGCAAGAAGAAGAAAGAUCCCAAUGAACCCAAUAAGCCAGUGUCGGCAUAUGCACUCUUCUUCCGAGACACCCAGGCCGCCAUCAAGGGCUCCAACCCCAACGCGUCCUUCGGUGAGGUGUCCAAAAUUGUAGCCUCCAUGUGGGAUUCCCUGGAUGCUGACCACAAGAAUGUUUACAAGAAGAAAACAGAAGCAGCCAAGAAGGAGUACCUCAAGGCUCUCGCUGCCUACCGUGCCAGUCUCGUGUCCAAGGGCGGUGAAGGUGAGGGAGUUUACGGGGCACCUGGGUAUGGUCAGUUUGCCCCAGGGUUUGGAUAUCCUCCCACCACUAGCGCCCCAGGACACCCACAGGUUCAGUCGCCCACACAGAUGUCACCACUGGCUAAGAAGUCUCCUCUACUCUCUUCUCUUAUGGCUGAUCCACCCCCACCUAUGAUGAACCCACCAAUGUCACAGCCCAUGCCACCUUCUGGCCCUCCCAUGAUGCCUCAUGGUUCUAUGCCACCCAUGUCAGCAGCCAGUAUGGCUCCUCAGGCACAGCAGGGCCCCCAGGGUGCCCUUCAGCCACCCACACCACAGCCACACCUGACGCCCCUGACCAACGUACCUUCUACCUCUCCCUACAUGAACCAGCAGGCACCUGGACCUCUGACGAGUCCUGGAGGUGGUGGCUCCCCGGGUAGUGGCCAGCAGCACCAGACCCAGCAGCAGAGCCCACAGCAGCAGCAACAACAACAACAGCAGCAGCAGCAACAGCAGCAGCAGCAGCAGCAGCAGCAACAGCAACAGCAGCAGCAACAGCAGGCUGCCACACAGCAACAACAGCAGCAGGCAGGACAGCAGCAACAUCAGCAACAGGGUGGACAACAUGGCCAACAGCAGCAGCCUCCACAACAACCACAACCACAACAGCAACAGCAACAGCAGCAACAGCAGCCAAGUGGACAAGGUUCGGGUGGACAGCAGCAGGGCAUUGGUCAGCCAGGACAUAUAGGUUGUCCAAACUCUGUAUCAAACUGCAUCAGGAAUGGAUGUACCAAUCUUGCUGUGCACAACCCAGAGUGGGAGGAUGAGUACUGCUCCAAUGAGUGCGUUAUCUCACACUGCAGUUAUUCUCAACAGACAUGUCUUCAGCACUUGGGUGGCCAGCAACCAUCAGCAGCCUAUCAACCCAACUUACCCAGCGCCAGUUAAAUAAAACCCUAGUGUAUCAAGCUAUGUCACUUGGGGACCAGCUAGCCAGCAGUCCAACCAAUCAGUCAACUAGCAAGUCAGUCAACUGUGUGGGUUAAGCUGAUGAAGACAGGUACCUGCUAUUGAAAUAAGUGCAUGGAAUUGAGUCUUUUUUUUUUUUUUUAUUAAGGAUGGACAAACACUUGAAGAUGCUAGUUGAUCUGGCAUACAUACAGAUGCUAAGAGGAAGUAGAACAGCUGCAGAUGGAGGACUGGAGUUGUGUUGUUGCGUGGUACCUCCUCAUUCCCUAGAUGUUGACAAACUGGGUGCUUGUAUGAAAGUCAAGAUUUUCUAAAAAUAAAAAAAAAAACUUGUCAAUGCUGGGACUUCAAAAUAAGCAUCUUUCUAUCUGUUCAAUCUUUUCUUGCUCUUUGUAGUGUCCCAAAUGUAUUAUUCAUACCCAUCUGAUUCUAUUCUUCUUCUUCGACCCUAGAUGAGAGAGUUCCAGAACAAUCGAGUGCUGUGAAAGUGAGCAUUUCAUGUAUUUUUUUUUUUUCAUACUUAUGAACAAGGCUGUGUCAACAAAUGUAAUGGGAUCAGUAAUUGCAGAACUAACAAUAGAUUCAUUUUCCUAUUGGUAAUAUAGGAAAAACGAGUCGUGGUGAUUCGUAAGCCAUAAACAGUUCCAAAUUGCUAAUCGCUUUACAAACAGUAAUGCCAAACAUGACCAAAUGGAUGGAGGGGACCAAAACUUUAAGUUAAUCCUUUUAUCAUUAAUGCUUUGUAACACAGAACAAAUUAUCAGAAAUAAAGAAUCAACAGAACGAACUACUAUACACAACAAGUCUGGAUUAUCUGUCGCUCGUGACUGAUUUCUUUCUCGGGUAUAUGUCAUGCCCUCUUUCACAGCGUUUGGAACAAUAUUUUGAUCAUAAGAAUUAAGUAACUCCAGCAGUAAAUCAUGUCUUAGGGAGCUGGGUUUGUAAAUAUUUGUGUUGAUUUUUUCUUGAUAAAGAGAGAGAGAGAGAGAGAGAGAAUUAUGAUUACGAUUAUUAUAGAUAUAGUAACAUUUACAAUAUAAUUUGUAAAUAUUUCAACAGUAUGUACAAGUGAUUGGUGAUUUUUCUCCUCAAUGUGAUUGAAUUAUGAUGAGUUGGUGAUUAUGUACGGUAUGUAUGUAUGUACAUGUAUCAUAGUAGAUUUGUCCAGAGGCUUAUUAUUUGAUUAGCAAGGAGAACAUCAUUAGAAUUGACCUGUUUGUCAAACUUGUAUCAAUUCCUUCCAAAGCAAUCACAGGAGAUGGAGACAGAUGUAAAGCCUCCUGUGUUUGCCACCCCUGCAUGCUGAGUGUAUGCAUAGCAAUAUCAUUUGGCAGUUCCCAGGUUUUACUUCUGAAUUUCAAGAGGUCUUCGGCCGAGUUUGUGUCAAGAGAACACAUUGCUCAAUCCUCACUGUACAUAAAACUAAUUUUUGGAGGACUGAUAGCCGGUGCACCCUCUUGGGAGAUUAUAUAACUUGAUUUUUAAGUUCUGGAUACAGCCAAGAGGAGACAUAUGAUUUGCUUCUAUUUCAAACUUUUUUUUAUUCUUCAAUAAUAUUUUCUCUUGGGUGAAGCUUGAUGCAAAGCACUGCAUGAAGAGAGAUGUCUUAUUUGGUGUAUUAUACACUAAAAUUCAGGGAAAUGGGAUGUAGAUGUAAAGUACUGAUGAUCACUUGUAAACUACCUGCCUUCACAUCAGGUUUUACCCAUGCUUGUAGCUCUUAGAAAAAUCCUUCGGUCCUAGAAUAAAAUAAAAGUCAGUGUUUGCCCUUCUUAUAUAGCUAUGGUAAAUAUGUUGAUAAAAUACUGUGCUUCAUGAGACAGGCAGAGGCUCCACCACUCCACCACAGGUAACUCCUUUUAUGUUCCAUUUGCAGUGAUUCCAUUAAAUACUGUACACUAAAGUUGCUUUUGUAUCUUAGAUAUGAACAAAUUGUUUGCUGUAGUUGAACAAUAUUAAACUGAACAAUUGGAAUCCUAUAUGAUUUCUCGUGAAAAAAAAAAAGAUAUAGAACAAGUCAGUAAAUAUUUUAGAACAAUAACCAGACAAAUGAAGUAACACCUUUCAUUGUGGCAGCAGUUGUGUUGGCCAUUCUUGGGUGGUGUUUCAUGUAUUUAACUAAUACUUGUUAGUUAAUGGUUCCUUAAACUGUUUUCCAAAAAUAAAAUUGUUGUGGAACGGAUUUGCCACAGGGCAUAAUUUUGAGGUUGUUGUGUUAAUGUGUACGAUGCCUGUGUGUGCUCUCUUUCACUUCUGUAUUCACAAUAUAAUAAACAUUAUACACAGA